AUGAAACAGUGCACUUACGAAAGUAAUGUUCCUGAGAAUACGUGAACAUUGGAUGAGGUAUUGGUUGAAUUCAUCGCUCGACAUCAUUACGAAAUGCACUAUUGUGAUUAUUUGGCGACACGUUUGAAGUAUGAACGUUUAAAAUUAUGUACGAUGGUUGUACGAAAUGCGUUGAGAUUGAUGAAUAGUAGCAAUGCAGCAACAACAACAACAACAACUGCUAUGGAUAGGUCCAGUGAUAUCCAAGCGAUCAUUAAAUUAGCUUUCAGUGCCCAGAUGGAUAUUGGCAACAUAAUUCGUAUAUUCAAUGAGUAUGAUGCAGGUGAUGCAUUAUUACCAACGGUUUUAGAACGAUGUGCAACGAACAAAAGUGAUGAAUGCAGACAUUCGAUUGUUGAAUUAUACAUAUCAAAACUGAGAAAGAAUGAAUCUGAGAGAGAUAAUAUCGAACGUGAUUUGAGAACAUUUCUGGCUGAACAUACGGAUAUAAGCGAUGGUAUUGAAUUACUGUUGAGAAAUGGUCUAUGGUCAUGCGUUGCGAUCAUGGUCUCACGCAGUGCAACUCAACACUCGGAGAGCGUUGCUAAUUUCUUGUGUUCUGAUGGAUUAGAAUGGCCCGUUGAUAAGGUGUCACACCUUGUAAGAACAUUGAAUGGCAUCUCUUGGAAUGACUUAUCUCCAAAUGCUGAACAACUUCUGAUAAGAAUGAUCAAUUAUUUACCGCAUCUACGAUCCUUAUCGCAUAUCGUUUCCUUUGCGAGGAUUGGUGAAGGACAAAUGAAUAGAUUCCACCAGACCGGUGCAGCGCUUUAUGCUUUAUGUACACUGCGUUUAUUGGAUGCAACACCGUCAUUCGACUACACAUCGUUGCCUUCGAAUCUACCACUUUCGUGUGGUUCAAAUUGCAUAACGUUGAUUUCUGAAGAUGAAUCUGUGAUAUUUAUCGGUGAAUUUUCGGCUGGAAGUAUGAAAAUGAAGGAUGCUGAAAGAAAUAAGAUUGUGGCGAAUCGAUAUGCGCUGCCACGUCAAAUAAAUGUUCCUGAACGUGUGUGUAGCGUGUCAGCUGGUACUGAACAUGUCCUAUGCCUAACCACGUAUGGUAAUCUUUAUUCAUUCGGCAAAAACAGAUUUGGAGAAUGCGGAGUGGGUCACAAAAGAGAAGUUAGCGAGGCAUCUCGUGUACGAGGAUCGUUUGAAGGAAUACGUUCUAUUUGUUCUGGUCACUAUCACUCAGCAUUAAUAGACUCAAAAGGACGGGUUUUCACAUGGGGUUGGGCUAUACAUGGACAGCUUGGGCAUGAAACGCGUGAUCGAUUUGAGGAUAUCACUGUGCCCCGUCUUGUUGAAACUAUUGAUGAAGAGAUCAAAGCAGUGUGUUGCGGAUAUGCCCAUACUAUAUUUUUGAGUGAGAGGGGGAUAGUGUAUGGAUGUGGGAAUAGUAUUUAUGGACAGUUGGGAUGUGGAGAAGACGUUAAAAAGAGGUUUGUUUACAUUUAUUUAUAUCGUCCAUCGAUGAUUGAUAUUCCGGAAAAGGUGAAACUCAUUUCGUCGAAAUAUUUUCAUGGAAUAGCAGUGAGUGAGUCUCAAAAGAUCUAUCAAUGGGGUAUCAGUCCGUUAUCUCUUAAAAUGAAAGCCUUCUUGGCGAAACGAGUUCGUACAGCCAACCGUGAACAGCAGCAACAACAACAACAACAACAAGAGCAGUCUUCAAGCAACAUCCCGUCUGCUCUUCUCAAUGACAAAUCGCCUGAUAGCAAUCCUUUAGAAACGAGUCAAUCUUAUUUGAGUGUUAGUCGAGUUGAACACAUGAUCAGUGAUGAUAUAAUGGCGGUGGAUGCGGGAUACAGUCACUCAGCGUUAAUCACGAAAAGUGGAUUAAUCUACACGUGGGGUAAAGGUCUAGAAAUGCAGUUGGGCCAUGGCAAUAAAAAAGAACAACAGGAACCACAUCAACUAUUCGAACCGUCCGUAGUCAUAUGGCAACGAGUCUCUUGUGGUCUUGAUUUUACAUCCGCGAUUUCAUCAGAUGGAAAUGUUUUUGUAUGGGGUCGAAAUGAUAAAUGUCAGCUGGGUGUACAGUCGUUACCAGCACCUCAUCUAACAAGAAAAUUGAUCAUAAAAGGUCCAAAAGGACCACGUUCCAUUCAGAUCACUGCUGACUCCCCGUGUGUUGCGAUACCAACACGACUUUCAUCAGUUACAGCUUUAGUUCCAUCAGGUAGAGCCUUAUAUAUAUAUCAUGUAUUCGUUAAGGAGUUGCUUAUUGGUAUACGGAUUUCAGAAACAUCAUCAGAUGAUAUAAACGAUGGUAAUUUGAUACGUUUCUUGCAACGACUGGAUGCAGAUACGAUCAGCAAUAUAUCAUCGGAAUUGCAACGAAAUGCGAUCGUGAGUGCACCGGCGAUAUUCGUGCAUUUAUUGGCUGGUGAAUUGCAGCGUGCGAUUGAAUUAUUAGUGCAAAUGCCGAUUGCCGACAAGGAGAUUGAUGCGUUGUUGAGAAAUGGUUGUGAUGCUGAUGAAACGCAUGGGAACAUUAGGGUGGGAGGGGAACGACAACCGUCAUCGUUGUUAGCCGCGAUUUGGGAUUUAACACUGAAACAUCCGAAUUUUAUUGAACAGUGGAAAGCAAUUUCAACACUGACUAGGACAUAUCCGAUCGGUGAUUUACUGCUGAGCGAUCGAAAACUGAGUGCCGAGGCGUCGGUGAUAUUGGCGACGAAACCGGAUAUGUUGAAUGGCUUAAGUGCCACGCAAAAGUUACGACUUCUCGAAAAAUGGCAACCGGAAACGACAUUGCAACCAAUAGAAAUAGCACAAAACGAUUUACAGGCAUGUCGAAUGUUUUUGGUGGAAUGUAUUUAUUAUUUCUUAAGAAUUGUCGACAACUUCUUUAAAAAUAUGGGUAAUCGAAUUCGUUAUUGGAGUUGUUGCGGAAAUGUGGAAAAAUUUAAUGCAUCUUCAUCCUCAUUGAACAAUGAAAAGAGACGCAUUUGUUCGAAAUGUUCGGAUGCGUGGAGAUGUGCCAUUAAGUCGAAGUUUUCGAGAUAUGCAUGA